CGCCGGGUACGUGAUAGUGGCCGGCUACGCGCUGAGCGCCGCGCUACAAAUCUACCUCCUGUUCCACGCCAUGAACCUGGCCUACAUCUCCUGGGACCGGAAGUGUAACCCGCCGUCUACAAGCGAGCCCGGCGGUCCCCUCAUGCUGCAUGUGUACGGCCCCUAUGGCCGACUCGCCACCGCCCCCCGCCCCACCCACCACAACGGCCUGACCUUCUCCUGUAGCGUGGCCAACGUGACGUCACUGGACGGGCUAGCCGGGGCCACUCUGGGCGGUGGGGGUGAGGGGCAGGUCGGUGGUCAGUCUGGUGGUCACUCGGACCUGUCUCCCUUGGAUACCCAGUUGUACGAUCUUCCACGAGGGUCUCCCGUCCACACAGAGUUGUACGAUGAUCUUCCACGAGAGUCUACCACCAACAGAGAGCUGUACGAUGAUCUACUACGAGAGUCUACCACCAACACAGAGUUGUACGAUGAUCUACUACGAGACCCUACCACCAACAGAGAGCUCACUGAUGACCCCCAAGAGACCCCCGUGGACAGAGAUACUCAAACUCCCACAACUUCCGGUCCGACAGAUCCGCUUCACCCACCAAACGAUCGUGCCGCCCAAGACAAGGUGAGGGAAGUCUCUCACACCGACGUCUCUCCAUCUAGGAUUCUGUUAUCUUCUCGUGACCGUUACAAGCCUCCACAACACCAUAGACGUCCAACUGGGGACCGCUCGAAGGCGGAUGAUUCAAACCCUGACCCCUCUCCCUCCCAGCCCCCGGCCGAGAAGACUGACCUGGGCUCACUUGACCCGGACACGGUACAGUCCAUCUGCGCAGACGUGGAGAACCUGAGCUAUGUCUACGCCUUCUCCGAGUCCAACGACAGUGUCAGCUUUAUCUGCUGCAAGGCUCUCUUCCGGCACGCCCACUCCGACACGCAUGAUGGCCACCCCUCCACUUCCGACCACCCCAUGACGUCAGACGUGGGUAGCCAUGGUCGUCUGCCAACUGACACGUCACGUGGCCAGGAGCUCCGCCCGCCGGCCGCCCUGAGCGUGUUGCUGACGUCACGAGAGACGGGCGGGGCGCACGGGGAGCUACAGCUGACCCUGGACAGUGACCUAGUUCCGCCGGGUGACGUCAUGCCGCCCGGUAGAGAGGACUGCCGGUACAAAGUGGCCG